AUGGACAAAAAACCAAAGCUCGUAACAAUCGACCCAAACGGCGACAUGCUGAUCAAGCUCAAAUACCGAAGCACCGCGCAGUCCAAGUGGAGAAACGAGAGCGAAUCUGUGGACAAUUGGAUCGCUCAGGCAGAGGCCGCCAAAGCAGUUAUCGAGAACGAGACUGCGCUACCGGAGCAGAAACCCACCGAAGUCCACUACUUCGUAUCAUCGCGACAGUUGCGCAUCGUUUCACCUUACUUCGAAAAGAUGUUCAAACGGAACUACGACGAGACAGUUCCGAAUAGCGAGGACGGUCUAUAUCACGUACGAGCGCAACAGUGGAACCCGCAUGCCCUUGCCAUUAUGCUCAAUAUUGCGCAUCUCCAGUCCGCGGCUAUACCGAAGGAGAUCAGCGUUCGGUUGUUUGUUGCGCUGUUUCUGGUUGCGGAUUACUACCAGAUGGAGGAUGCGUUGAGACUGUUUACGAAAGAGUGGCAGGAUCAACUCCAGGAACAGCCGAUGCCCGAACAUUACGGCGAAGAGUCGAUGCUGUGGAUGUUCUUGGGUGUCAAAUUGAAGGAUUGGGAGAUAUUCCAUACCAUGGCAUGUUUGGCAAUGAGGGAGGCGUGCUAUCCAAUACAGUUCUUGGAUUUGCCUUUCCCACGCGGUGAAAAAGGUGAGUGA